GGGCCCUGGAGGGCGGAGUCCAGGCGGGCGCCGGCCAAGGGAGGGGGCGCGGCGGCUCUGGAGUCCGGCGCUCCCUGAGGCCGUGGACGCGAUGCUGGCUGUGUCCUGUCGUGUUCCCGGGCCGACCGGAAUGUGACGGCGGCCCCUCGACUAGCCUUCGGUCUUGGGGCCCGCAGGUCGCUGGGCGACCCGCAACCGGGCCACGGUCGAGAGGAGGCUGUGCGACCUCCGCACGAUUCUAUCAAAUUUUAAGGACAAAUGUACCUUAUAGCUCAUGGAAGAAAAAACACAAAUCAAGACAUUUUUGGGUUCCAAAUUGCCAAAGUAUGGAACAAAAUCUGUAAGAAAUACACAGCCAAUGCCAAACGGGACAGCUGUUAAUUUAUUAGGAACUUCCAAGAGUAGUAAUGUCAAAAGUUACAUAAAAAAUAAUGGCUCUGAUUGUUCAUUGUCCCAUUCAUUUAAUUGGAGAAAAACAAAUAAAUACCAACUUACUGCACAAAAUACUGAAGAGCCUAGCAGUUCUCAGAGUUCACUUGAUAAAUUAAUUGAUCCUGAAAAACAUGCUUCCACUCAAGGAAUGUUUGAAAAAAAUGGGAUAAAGGGAGGUUUGAAAAGUGUAUCUUUAUUCACAUCAAAGUUGGCAAAGCCAUCCACUAUGUUCAUGUCAUCCACAGAAGAGUUAAAUCAAAAGUCUUUUUCUGGAACAUCUAAUUUGGGUAAAUUCACCAAAGGCACAUUAUUAGGAAGGACUUCAUAUUCUGCAGUCAGUGCUCCAAAAUCGCAAUUAAAUGGAUUUUAUGGAAACCGAUCAACUGGUAGCAUGCAAAGGCCUAGAGCAAAUUCCUUUGCCACCAGAAGCAGUUCUGGAGAAAGCUUAGCACAGUCCCCAGACAAUAUUAAAUCUAUUACUUGUGAAAAAAUGGUAAGGUCUCAGAGUUUUUCACAUUCCAUUCAGAAUCCAUUCCUUCCACCUUCAUCUAUAACAAGGUCACAUUCCUUCAACAGAGCUGUUGAUCUUACAAAGCCUUAUCAGAACCAACAGUUACCUAUUAGAAUGCCUCUACGAUCAAAUAUGCUGACAAGAAAUUCCCGACAAUCAGAAGUACUCAAUGGGAAUGAACACUUGGGCUAUGGAUUUAAUAGGCCUUAUGCUGCUGGUGGAAAGAAGUUGGCUGUACCAAAUGGUUCAGGUGUAACUUCCACUUUGGGUUAUAGGUUGGUUCAUCCCACUCUACUGAAAUCUAGUCGACCUCCAUUUUCUGGGACUAUCGCAGUUGAUAAUAAUAAAAAUGCACCUGCUAACACUUGUGUAGAGGAAGAGUCUUCAGUUUUGGCUAAGGACAGUGUUACUAAUAAGGACCAAGAGCUAAUUGAAAAUGAAAGUUAUAGAACAGAAAACAACCAGACCAUGAAGCAUGAUGCUAAAAUUAGGUACCUGAGUGAUGAUGUGGAUGAUAUUUCCUUGUCGUCUUUGUCAUCUUCUGAUAAGAAUGAUUUAAGUGAAGACUUUAGUGAUGAUUUUAUAGAUAUAGAAGACUCUCAUAGAACUAGAAUAACUCCAGAGGAAAUUUCUCUCAAAGAAAAGCAUGAAAAUUUACCAUCAAAGGAUAUAUUUGAUUCUCCUAAGGAAAAUGAAAAAACUUUCAUUAAAACUGAUGAAUGGAUCGAUAUAAGUGUCUCUGACAGGAGUGAAUGUACAAAACAUCCUUCUGGAACUAAUUUGAUUUCACCAGAUACGGAUUAUAGAGCUGGUUCUUCAUUUGAACUUUCUCCAUCUGAUAGCUCUGAUGGAACAUACAUGUGGGAUGAAGAGGGCUUGGAACCCAUUGGAAAUGUCCAUCCAGUUGGCAGCUACGAUUCUUCUGAAAUGAAUAGCAUUGAUAUUCUUAAUAAUCUUGAAUCAUGUGACCUUGAGGAUGAUGAUCUUAUGCUUGAUGUGGAUCUGCCUGAGGAUGCACCUCUUGACAAUGUGGAGUGUGACAAUAUGAACCGCUUUGACCGACCAGACAGAAAUGUUCGGCAGUCUCAGGAAGGAUUUUGGAAAAGACCACCCCAGAGGUGGAGUGGACAGGAACAUUACCACCUUAGCCAUCCUGACCCCUAUCAUCACCAUGGAAAAAGUGACUUGAGCAGAGGCUCUCCUUAUAGAGAAUCUCCUUUGGGUCAUUUUGAAAGCUAUGGAGGGACCCCCUUUUUCCAGGCCCAGAAGAUGUUUGCAGAUGUACCGGAAAAUACAGUGAUACUGGAUGAGAUGACUCUCCGACACAUGGUCCAGGAUUGCACUGCUGUAAAAACUCAGUUACUCAAACUCAAACGUCUGCUGCAUCAGCAUGAUGGAAGUGGGUCAUUGCAUGAUAUUCAGCUAUCAUUGCCAUCUAGUCCAGAACCAGAAGAAGGUGAUCAGAUAUAUAAGAAUGAAGAUUUAUUAAAUGAAAUGAAACAACUUAAAGAAGAAAUAAGGAAAAAAGAUGAAAAAAUACAACUAUUAGAACAUCAACUUGCAACCCGGUGUAACUGCCACCAAAAAUCUAAAGAGGAAAAAUGCUCAUAUGCUGAUAAAUAUACCCAAACACCCUGGAGAAGAAUUCCUCCUCAAGUACUACAGCCUUCCAGCAACCUGCCCAGACCCACAGACCACGCCCAGGGAAAACUAAUAAAGCCACAACAUAUCGAGGCCCACAGUGAAUGUGCAGUCCAGGGCAUGCACCAGAGCAGUGCCCUUCCAGAUGGAGGCUUUACACAUGGCUUGCAACAAGAAAACAAUUAUGAUUUGGAAAACCGACCUUCUUCAUCAAGCCCACAGUUCAAAAUGGAUGUAACUAAGAGUGCACCUUCUGAAGCGAACUUGAACAUGACCAUGAAUGUUCAAGAGCCUUAUCGUUUGACAAAGAAUCAGAUUAGUGACAUGCAGUUUAUACCUACUUCUCUACAGACACCUCCCCAGUUAAGUAUAGUAGACCAAGCUAAGAGAGUUGGAAGAGAUCAGUCUCCACCGGUGGGCUACCCGUCUCAGCCCAAAUCCUUAAAGCUGUUAAAGCCAUCCACCUUAAGUUCUUUGGCACCCCCUCCAGAUUCUGAAUCAUCUCCAAGUAGGACUCCCACUUCUAAGAAGUCACCGACAAUCACACCAUGUAAUUCAGCAAAACUUCAGCCAACAUCUAGUCAAACAAAUCUGGCAAAUAAUCUGAAUCUGAAAACAUCUAAGCUCCGUCCCCCUUCCAGCUCUUUCAAACAAAAACAAAUAAGCAGCCCCCAACUAGAACCUCAAAACUUCCAGUCCAAGACAAGUAUCCCAAGGCCACUAGCACGACAAAAAGAAAUCAUGCAGAAUCCAAAUGGCAAUUUGCAUUCUGGGGAUUGUUUGGCCUCUAAUCGAUAUUCUCGUCUUCCUAAACCAAAGAUACAUUAAGUACAUAGCCAUUACCUGCCAAUUUGUUUUUUUUUUUUAAAAAAAAAAACAAUCUGUUCUGUAAUAGCUUUAUGUGCAAUUUGCUACCAUGUUGGAGGUUCCACUGAAAGCCUGCAAUUCUUAAAAUUAAAACGUGGAAGCUUCUACUAGUUUGGCUCUUCCAUUUUAUAUCCUGGUUGAAGUAUAUACCAUUUGAGCAUACUCGUCUCAGGUAAACACAGAAGUUUGCUUUCCCAUCUCAGAAGCCUACAGAAGACUCUAAUCAUGCUAACCAUCCCUCUGCACAUCAGCAAAGUAAUAAUAUUUCCCUCAGCAGGCAAGAAGUAGGCUUUGCUGAUUUAGUCCUGUUGUAUCCGUAUUAAUUGUGGUUAUGCGAACCCCAGCUCCUUUCACUUGUUCCUCCUGUGACUAUGGCUACUAAUUUAACUCAAGAUGUGGUGUUGAUGGAAGUUGGUAAUCUGUAGAGUUCUGGCCAGUGUUUUAUAUAUUUAAAGGUCUAUGCAAAAGCUUGUGAUGAAUAAAGGAGAAGGAGAUCAGACUUUUAAUGGGAAGACUAUGUAAGUUUUAUUUUUUUCUUACUGGAAUCAGCAAGCUAGUCUUACUGUUUAUUUGUUUACUAAAUUCCCCAGACUGAAAAUGUUCAAUAUUAUAUAUAAACCAAUUAUAUGUUGCUUUAACAUCUUGUUUUUCAUACAUACAUAUAUAAUUUGUGCUUGUAUUGCUACUAGUAAAUUUGAAGAGCUUGAGAUAUACCUUGAAACUUGUACCUAAGGUAUAUCCAUUUGUAACAUAUGUUGGUGCUAGAAUUUUGCUGGCAAUUCGGUUUUGAAUACCACAGGACUUAUGGAUCCAUCAUAACUCUUUUUUGAAGGUUCCACAGCAUUUACAGCAUUUAUUUUAAGUAAGUCUUUAUUAUAAUUAUUUAUAUUUAUUGACUUAUGUUAAUAUCUGAAGACUGGAAUAGUGGACUUGAAAUAUUUGCACAAAACUUUGAUGGUAUAUAAAUGUCCCAUGCAUAGGGAUUUAAAACUUAUUUUCUAUAGCAAAACAAGUUAAAUAUUUUGAGAAAAGUUAUAAAUUUAAGUAAGACUAUCUUGAGAAAGUUGGAAUUCAUAAUAGUUUCACAUUUCUGAGUUUCUUAGGUUUCUCUUUUCUGUUGUACAUUUGACAAUUUCUUGAAAGUUAGAUUUUGGAAGAAAAAUAGAAUUGUAGAUGGGAAAUAGUGUUUCGUUAAAGAGUAUUUCAAAGGGAGUAUGCUUAUUUAUUUUAAUGUGCUACAAAAGGUGUCUGUUAAAACCCCUAAGCAACCAUGUGCAUGAACCCAAUCAUGCUGCAGGCCACUUGUCAGACAAUUCAGUUCAUUUGCAUUCUGUUCUCCCAAAUCAUGUCAUCUUUAGGCUGGUCAUGUGUAGCUAAUUUAAUUGGAAUUAAUACUUUUCAGACAAAUAAUCUUACAAGGCCAAUUUUUAUUUUGAUCAGCUGACCAAAAGUAUACCAAAUGGAAUGAUGGCCAAAAAAGAUAAGUCACUCAAAUUCUAGGGGUUCCUUCUAAAAAUGUACUUUGGUUAAAUUAUAUGCCACUUUAUAAGAAAAACAACAGCAAGUGCUUUAGUGGAAAUUUCCAAAGAGGUGUUUCUUACCAUUUGAUGCAGUCUUCCCUUUCUUAUCAGAGAACCAUUAAGUGAGUUCCAUUCCAGUAUACAGAGAUUAUAUCUAUAAUAGGUGAGCAGCACAAAUCUAGUAUCAUACUUUUAUACCACAGCACUUGUGCCAGAAAAGUGCUGGAGUUUAGAAAAUGCUUUGCAUGGUCCAGAUAUUGUUGGUACACAGUCAUCCUACAUAUAAGCAAAGUACUUUUUUUGUGUGAAGGUGAGCUAUAAUGACCACAGCUAUAGAUGGACACAUUUUGAAGGAGAAAACUGAUUUCAUAUAUUGCAAAUAUGAUGCUAUCAUACUGUAUUUCCCUAAAGUAAAGCAUACUAAUGAAUUAGUAGGUUUUUGGUUUAUUAUUAGAAGUUGGUGUUACUAGAAGAUCCUUAUGAAAUAUUAUUUACAAGUUGGUCUUAUUCUUAGUGGGAAAGUUUUUAAUUUAUUUUUCAUGCUGUAGUCUGAAGGAAAUGUCUUUAUACAUAAAAAAUGUUGACUCCACUUAUUUGUUUAUUCUAAUAUUUUUUCCACUCUUUUUUCUUCCUCUCUGAUGUAUUUGCGUAAUCUUAACUUACUAGUUCAGCUUUUAUGUACCUUGGUUGAGCUUCAUCUUGACAAAAGAGGCUCAUCAAUAUAAUUAUGAAGCAUAAUACAUUUAAGAGAAAAAUAUCUAGGAUGCUUACACAAAAAACAAAGUAUAUAUCUGCAGUUUUCCUUAAAAGCUGCAAGAAUAUUAUGCUUGUCUGCUCCUUAGAAAAUGUUAUGUCAGAAAUGGAAAUGAGUGUAGCUCUACUGAAUAAUCAGAGAUCACCUUCUCAGAUUUGGCUUGACCUUUGUUUAUUGCUUCUGUAAAUCAACUCUGUGCCAAGUCCUCCUUCGCAGGAACUUAGAUCACUUUUACUUUUGGUAUUGGUGAAGAUGAUGGGAGUAAUGAAUUCUGAGUCCUGUGGAAGAAGUUCUCUAGGGUUGGUUAAAUUUCAUAUUUGUGUAAGAGCAAAAAGUAUGCAGAAUUAUAUAUUUGGCUGUUAAUGGAUGCAUAUUGAUUUUUUAAAAUAAAGUAUAUAUUAUUGUUAUAGGUGCAGAUGAUUUUAAGACUUUAAGCAAAGGAUUAUAGAGUUAUAUCAUUUAGAAUGUUUCUUAAUCACUGAGACCACCUGGUAUUUUUCUUUUGGAGUCUCAUUUUCAUUUGUGCAAUAUUUCCAGGCAAAUAGACUACUGUUCAUUGUAGUUUAUAUAGAUAUUAGGGAACUUACUAAGUAUUUUAACAAGUAAAAAUCUGAAUAUGAAACUAAAUUUCAGAUUUGCACUUUAAAUGAGCUUAAUUGCUUGGAGUUGUGCCUGAAAUAUCAAAAUGCCUCCUCUUGGGUGUAGCUUUGUUUAGUGAAAUGAAUCUCUCUGUAAUUGUUGCUGUUUGAACAUAUCACUACAGCCUUUCACAGAAUUAUAUUCACAGCAUGUCACUUUUCCCAUUAAAGCACUAUGUUUUCUUCAGAUGUUCCAUUUUCCCUUUUAGUAUUUUAUUCAGUUCAUCAAAGAGAUUAUAACCCCCAUAGCUGUCACUUCCAAAAGUUCCUGUGGAGUAGAUGGUGUUACAGACACAGAGGUGCACUCUCAGUUUCCAAGCAGUUGUCCUGCUGGUUUCCUGGCCUCCCGGGCCCUAGGAUGCACUUUCAAAUUACCAAACAGGCCUGCAAUGAAGGUCAAUAAGACUGCAGCACCAUUUCAGUUUCAGUUUACAUUCCAGCUGACUAUAGUUUUCAUGUUGGUAAAUUAGUUUGGGUAGUUAUGUUUGCAUGCUUAUGCACACAUCUGAAAAUUAUUUAUAGUUGUAAUACAAAUAAUUAUCUGAUGUUUUUCCUUGGGAAUGAUGGCCUCACAAUUUUUCUUAAUUCUGAUUCACUUGAAUUCUAUUUUGCUUUUGUCUUUCCAUAUGUUCCUUAAAGUUUUCUGCUGCAGCAAUUUGAGAGAAUACAUUUGGAUAAAUGAUUAUGAUGGUGGACACCAAUCUAAAAUUAUGUUAUUAAUUAAAGAUAUAUGUCUUAACCUUUUUGAGAAAAAACUUCCCACUUUCUUUUUGGUAAAGCAUUACCAUAACAAGAUUAUACUGACCUUGAGAAUUUAAAGUCUCUAAAUCAAGACUAACUAAAACAAAAAUAAUAUCUACUAUUGUGGUUUCCAUUGAUUUAAAAAACCAAUUCAAGUACAUACUGUAUAUUAGAAUUUGCUUGUAAAAUGGAUUAUAAAAACCAAUGUAAAGUCCUUUCCUGAAAAAGUUGGCAUAGUAAAUAAAAAAUAAAGUUCAUAAUUAUAAAAAUUC